GUCAUCGCCGCGCGCCGCCGCCUGGCUCUCGGCGCAGGCUAACCAUGGCGGAGGCGGGCAGGUCCGCGGUGCGCGACCCCGGUGCGCUGCUCCCGGGCGGCUUCUGGGCGGCGGUGGCUGUGUGGCUGGAGAGGCCGCAGGUGGCCAACCGGCGGCUGUGUGGCGUCCGCCUGGAGGCCCGGCGGAGCGCUGCCCUACCCCGGACGGAGCAGGAGGCGCGGGCUGCGGCGGGCUGCGGGUCCGAGGAGAGAUCGGGACACGGUCCGCGUUCCCUCGAGGAUGGCCCGGGCCCCAGGCCGAGCGCAGGCCCUGACGAGCCCCAGGGCCGGCACCACCAGGGCGAGGACAGGAGGGAAGCAGCCGCAGCGCCUCUGCUCACAGGGGCCCCGGGACAGCCCAGCGAGGCUGGAGGCGGGGAGGGCGACCUCUCCGCCUCGGAGCUGGAUUCUCUCUGGGACGAUUUCUCCCGAGGCCUCGUCGGCGACCAUCGGGAGCUGCUGGCCUUCCUCACAGGCUCAGGGGCAGGACUGCAGCCAGAGGCUGAGCGCGAACUCGACGUGGUUCUCAGAACCGUCAUCCCGAAAAGGAGCCCGCAUUGCCCCCUUGCUGCUCCGAGAAGGGAGAUCGUCGUGCACGAUGUCCUCCGUGGGGCGGUCACGUUUUUACCUCUGGAAGAAGACAACGACGGGAACGUAAAGGUUAAGACGAGCAACGUGUAUCAGAUUCGGCUCAGCCGCAGCGGAGAAGAAUGGUUCAUAUCUGUUUUGAUUUUCUGUCCAGAAAGAUGGCAUUCGGACGGAAUCGUGUACCCCAAACCCAGCUGGCUGGGGCGCGAGCUGCCGGCCCGGCUGGCCCGCUGGUCCGUGGAGAGCAAGGGGAGCGGGUUUAAGAGCACCCUGUCCCUCGUCCCCCUACUGAGGUACAGCCAGACUUACCAGGUGCUCAAGGACAAGUACAAGGACAUGGUCAAGGUGUGGCCCGAAGUGACGGAUCCUGAGAAGUUUGUGUAUGAGGACGUGGCGAUCGCCACCUACCUGCUGGUGCUGUGGGAAGAGGAGCGGGCUGCGCGGGGCGAGACCCAGAAGCAGUCCUUCGUGGACCUGGGCUGCGGCAACGGGCUGCUGGUGCACAUCCUGAGCGGCGAGGGGCACCCGGGCAGAGGGAUCGACGUGCGGAGGAGGAAGAUCUGGGACGUGUACGGGCCGCAGACUCGCCUGGAGGAGGGUGCGAUCACGCCCGGUGACGAGACGCUCUUCCCCGACGUGGACUGGGUCAUCGGGAACCACUCGGACGAACUCACUCCCUGGAUACCUGUCAUCGCGGCCAGGUCUUCCUACCGCUGCCGCUUCUUCGUGCUCCCCUGCUGCUUCUUCGACUUCGCGGGGAGGUUCCGCCGGAGGCGGGGCGCGCAGACGCAGUACCGCGGCUACCUGGACUUCGUCCGGGAGGUGGGGGCCGCCUGCGGCUUCCGCGUGGAGGAGGACUGCCUCCGGAUCCCGUCCACCAAGAGGGUUUGCCUCCUCGGGAGAGCCAGGACGUACCCGCCCGCGGAUGAGGCCGCUGUCGACCAGCGGAGAACCCAGUACAUCAGCGGCCGGCGGGGCUGCCCCACUAGCCCGCCUGCCCUGGAGCCCCUCCCUGCCCCGCCCCGGGCGGCUGGCGGCGGCCACGGAGCCCUGGACACCGGGGCGGGAGGCUGCUGGCUGCCCGGGUUUCUCCCCAGAGAGAAGGCCGAGCGUGUGCGGAACUGUGCCUCCCUGCCACGCGAGUUCGUGGACCAGGUGGUUCUGCAAGUGGCGGGCCUGCUGCUGGGUGGAGAGCAGCCGGACCCCGGGGGCCCCUGCCGCGGGAGCGCGGACGCCUGGCGUGGAGGAGCCAGCCUCCCCUUGGCGGCGGUGGCCCUCGCGCUGGACGGGGCCGCCCUGCGCAGGCUGAAGCGGGAGUGCGGCGGCCUGCAGACGCUGCUCCGGAACCGCCACCAGGUGUUCGAAGUUGUGAGCGGCUCGGUGCGCCUCCGUGACUGGAGGGAGGAGAUGCGGCGGGAGGAGCAGCGGCCGGCAGCCAAGCGCAGACUCUCCUCCGAGGCCUUCAAGACCCGCCUCUGCUGGUUCUUCGCGCACCACCCCGACGGCUGCGCUCUGCCCUCGGCCCGCUGCCCCUUCGCCCACGGGCCCGGGGAGCUGCGGCCGCCCCCCGCCCCCAGGAGGAAGCAGCCGGUUCCGUGAGCCGGGUGGGGGGAGCCCCGCAGGAAGUCCCGUCCCGGCUCCUGAGCGCUCGGCUCCGGUGCUCCCUGUGCUCUGGCCGU